CUCUUUUGUGUUUGUGUUGGCAUCGGAUAUCCUGUGGAAAACCGACUCCUCGACAGCUCCUGAGCAGUUGGUGGGCUGUCCAAAGCUCCCACCGCGACCUCGGGGGACUCCGCAUGCUCUCACACUGCCGGAGGAAGAGGUCAACCCCCGCUGACGCUCUGCCGUGUCAUCGCUCUCAUGCAACAGCUCAACCACACCCCCUUCCCUGCAAACACAGUGACUGGCAGAAGCUACUUUUGAAGGUUUUUUCCAAACUUCACCUCCAGAUCCCCUAUACAAUGUGGAGCUAUGCUUCUGAACUCCUUUUUAGGAAUGUAAUCAAUGUGACGUUUUGGAUUCCUUGGAGUGUUUGCAAGAAGAACAAGUCAGAAAGGGAGGACGGGCAACUGUGGAAAGUAUUUCAAUGCAGCCGAGUCUUCAGUUGCAACAUCUCCCUCUUCGCGUCUUCCUCCUGGAGUGACUAAUUGAAUAUCUUACUCCGGGCAGCCUUGUUGGGGCUUGCCUGGGACUUCAGUGGGAGAACUAUGCAACUUUCCUGAACAAUUUUUCAUUCAGUCUGAAGCACGGAGGACCAAUGACAGGAUAAUAACAGACUGAGUUGUUAGAAUCUGUAGCGGGCUCGAUUUUUAAAUGUUCCACUUAUGCGAGUGUCCUGCAUGAGUCGGGAGCUCAAAGGACAAUGAACAAAGACCUCCGAAUGGCAAGGAAAGCGCCGCAGGCGGGUUUCCGACACGAUCGGAGACACUCAUGUUUGGGUUUUGAUGUUGAGAAUGGCUUGUCGGCGGGUCGCAGUCCACUGGACUCUCAGACCAGCCCGGGUUCUGGGCUGGUACUUCAGGCCAACUUUCCCCACAGUCAACGGCGCGAGUCCUUCCUCUACCGCUCCGACUCCGACUUUGACCUUUCACCCAAAAACAUGUCCCGCAACUCGUCUACUGCCAGCGACCUGGAGGAGGGAUUGAAGCAUUGGGAGAUCAAUAGGCCACCUCGGCAUGGAGAAGACAUGAUAGUGACUCCAUUUGCACAGGUUCUUGCCAGUCUGCGAACAGUGAGAAGUAACUUUGCUGUUAUGACAAAUCUGCAAGAUCGUGUAGCAAACAAGCGUCCAACAAGCAGCAACCAGCCAUCCACGUGCAAGCCAUGUCUUACAGAGGAGCCCUAUCAAAAGCUGGCGGUAGAGACACUAGAAGAGCUAGACUGGUGUCUGGACCAACUGGAGACGCUGCAGACGAGACACUCUGUUGGAGAGAUGGCGUCCAACAAGUUUAAGAGGAUGCUGAACCGCGAGCUGACGCAGCUAUCAGAGACAAGCCGCUCGGGGAAUCAGGUGUCAGAGUUCAUCGCCAACACCUUCCUAGAGAAACAACAUGACGUGGAGAUCCUCUCUCCAACUUCUAAGGAGAAGGAGAAGAAGAAGAGGCCAAUGUCACAGAUCAUUGGUGUGAAAAAGUCCACACAGAGUCCCAGCUUAGCACCCACCUGCAUCCCCCGCUUUGGAGUCAGCACGCCCCAGGAGAGCCUGCUGGCUAAGGAGGUCGAGGACAUCGAUCGUUGGGGUCUGGAUAUAUUCAAGAUAGCAGAAUUUUCAGGAAACCGCCCUCUGACGGUGAUUAUGUACACCAUCUUCCAGGAGCGGGACCUGAUGAAAAUCUUCAAGAUUCCAAAUGACACCUUUAUCACCUUGAUGAUGACCUUGGAGGACCACUACCGGGCAGACGUAGCUUACCACAACAACAUCCAUGCGGCUGAUGUGGUGCAGUCCAUCCACGUCCUCCUGUCCACCCCUGCUCUGGAGGCGGUGUUCACAGACCUGGAGAUCAUGGCUGUUCUGUUUGCCAGUGCCAUCCACGAUGUUGACCACCCAGGAGUCACAAACCAGUUCCUCAUUAACACCAGUUCAGAGCUCGCGCUGAUGUACAACGACGCCUCGGUGCUGGAGAAUCACCACCUCGCCGUGGGCUUCAAACUGCUUCAAGUAGAAAACUGUGACAUCUUCCAAAACCUCACCAGGAAACAGAAAGAGUCCCUCCGAAAGAUGGUGAUUGACAUGGUGCUCGCCACGGAUAUGUCCAAACACAUGAACUUCUUGGCGGACAUGAAGACAAUGGUGGAGACCAAGAAGGUGACGAGUCUAGGUGUUCUGCUGCUAGACAACUACUCUGACCGCAUCCAGGUUCUGCAGAACAUGGUCCACUGUGCCGACCUGAGCAACCCAACCAAACCGCUGGAGCUUUACCGCAAGUGGACAGACCGCAUCAUGGUGGAGUUCUUCACCCAGGGCGACCAAGAGCGGGACAAAGGCAUGGAGAUCAGUCCCAUGUGUGACAAACACAACGCCUCCAUAGAGAAGAACCAGGUGGGCUUCAUUGACUACGUUGUCCACCCUCUGUGGGAGACAUGGGCAGACUUGGUACACCCUGACGCCCAGGACAUCCUGGACACGCUGGAGGACAACAGGGAGUGGUAUCAGAGCAUGAUCCGCCGUAGCCCGUCUCCCUCCAGCCCCGAGGAGCACCACCCGGAGGUGAUCCCAGGGGGCGGCGACGUGGGAGCAGGUGGCCCUGUCCUUUCAGGAGGAGGGGAUAAGUUCCAGUUUGAACUUACUCUGGAGGAAGAGGAGGAGGAUGAUGAUGAUGGGGAGGUGGAGUCUGACCAGGAGAGCCCCUUAGAGGCAGAGUCCCAGUCGAGUGGAGAGCAGCACCGGGACUCCUCUCCGUCUUUGUCCCCGGACCCCCGCAGCAACAGCAGGUACCGCCCCCCUUCGCCUCACCCGUCUCGGACCCUGAGUCCGGCUGCCCUGUCGGUGCGGAGCCCCGACAGGACGAUGGCCUUCCCAGAUCGGGAAGGCUCCGGCAGGGACAGAGAACUGGGCCUGGAGGGCGACGGGGUGGCGCGUACGGGCACGUAACAACCAGCAGUGCCUGCCCCGCCUUACAGACACGAAUGCUGAGGAUGGAGGGACGGAGGCAGGGCACGCCUUUACUGUAAAGUCACUACCGCCCCUUUACACUGGAGACACAGUGCACAGAGCAGAGGGACGUGUCCCCUGUUUUUAUUUUAUAUUUUCAAGAGAGUCCUUUCAGCCUCUCUUCGUGUGCCUGAAUGACCUCUGUGUCCCAUCCUGCUUCGUUGUAGCUUGAGUUUAGAGUGUCCCGUGACAAAGACUGCUGCAACUGAACUGCUGAGAAGAGUGGAGCCAAGUCGAGAUACUCGAACAAGAGGUUAAAGGAUAAGUCUUCCUCCAAAAUAACCGUUUAUGACAUUCAGACAUGGGAAUGAAGAUCGCUGUGGUCUGACAGGGUCUUGAAAUUAUUUUGCACCGUAGUUUUGAUUUUUUUACAUGAAAUGACUGAGUCCGGUUGGAAUAUACGAGUAUGACUUUAUUUGAGAAUGAUGUAAGAUAUGAAUCAUUUUACCAAAUCCAGGCUGUAGUUGAGAGAAAAUUGACGGACCUAAACCUCAGGGUAGAUAAACAAAUCUAAUGUAGCACGGAUGUAGUGGGUAACCCUCGCCUGACCUUUGACCCCAAACUGUCUUUCCUGUUUGAUUUACCUCCAAACCACAACUUCUGUAACUUUGUUUAACCUGCGUGUCUUCACAUUUAAUUAAGCCCUUUAAUAGAACAUUUGGAAACUGAAGCAAUCAAAUAUUAUGUAUUUAAACCAGCUAGUAGCACCAGAGCGAAUCAACACUGAAGUCUCACAUGUUGGAAAUACAAGACAUCCCCUGAUUACUAGAUUGAGCGUCUUUUUUUUACCUGAGAUAAUUUCAAGAUUUUAAUCAGUUGUACGUUUGAUGGUCUUUUGUGUUUGUGCUUGAAAAGCUUUUUUUAAUUUUUUUUUUUUAUCAGGGUGCCUCCGGUCCGCAGUAGCACUUUACCGUCUUUGCCCUUCAGCUCUUUGAUCCUGUCAGACAAAGGGCUCCGUCCACUGUAGGCCUACUGAUCACACAGUACAGGACGUCUGACUAAGGUACCAGCAGGCGGAGCAGGAAACUCAACAGUGAUAUUUACCUGCAAUAUUCCCCCUGAAAAUGAUCCCUGUUCCUCCUGAGAGAAACAGCCUUUCCAGCCAGGGUGUGAGCCUUUCUGAACCUCUAAAUGAUUGCUACGUGGGAAAAACAAAACACUCUUUUCCUUUAAGGAUAGUUUUGGUGUUGUGUAUAUAGAUUUUUCUUGUUGAAAAUAAAUUCCAUGAAAACAUUUUAGUGCAUUGCUCAAUACUUCACUCCUCGGGGUGUCAGCCUUUGUUUCUACAAAGGAGUCUUUUACGACUACCAGGAAUUUGUUUUUGUAAAAGCGUGCCUCCUUAAGCUGUGGAUUGAUAUGCAUUUACAGCAGCAGGGCAGUCUGGGUGAGAUUGUUCCAAAUCAAACUACAAUGCACAAGUUAAUUGAUGGUUGUCGUGUCUUUUCAUGGGCUUUGUUGACAGCAGGAAAAAUCUGACAGAACAUUUAUCCUUUGAGUCAUUAUACCCUCAUGACUAAAACGCAUUUACUUUACAAAACCUGAUUGACUAAGCGUUUUAGUAAAAUUUGAUCCCAAAGACAAGCAAAUGCCCGAUUUUAAUGUCAUAAUUUCAAAUAAAUACCUGGUGUUUCCUGCCCUGCCGACAUGGUGUGUUGUAGAGAUCAAACUAGAUUGUGUUCAUCAGAUUACCUGAUAGAUGCUUGUGUGCCACAAGGGAUGAAAACUCCUGCCAGCCUACAAUGCUGUACAUUUUUACACUAGAAACUGUCACUUGAUGAUUGUAUCAAAGUCUAUGACCAUUGCUUUGAGUUUUACAAGUGAUAUGCGUUUGUGCCGCUUGGCUCUGUCCUAUUCGGAGAGCUGAUACUUGUGAAUGUUCACCUUCAGUCUCGAGCGGCGUUCCCCAGAGGUAGAAAGACCAGGAAGUAAACAAGCACUACACAAAGGUUUGACGCACAUCCUGGUCAGGCAGUCGUAAAGAAAAAAAAAAUAGUCCAUCAAUAUUUCAUUAAUGCAUCCAGUAAGAUUUACGAUAAGUUAUCCUCCCAGUGUUGUUUGAUCUGAUCAAACCUGAAUCAAAAACUGUUUGCCUUUGAAACUUAAACAUGUAAUCUGCCUUUCCUGUUCCACUUUUUAUGCAUAGUAUCAUAAACGCCACCACCAACAUACCGUGUAAACGUUUAUAGUUGCACAAAAUGUCAAAGAUGGUGGGAAAAUUCAUUCCCCCAAACUUCAUGAGUUUAGUCACCCUGCCAAUACUAGUUGUAUUGAUGUUUGGCCAUAUUCAUUUUACAAUACAGGAAAGGGAACAGUUUAUAGCUAAUGCUAUUUUUUCCCUAAUAGUAUGCAGCUAAAACAUUGAGUACAACCAAUAAAGCCCAGUCAGACGUUGGCACUGUAUAAUAAGUCAGUCCAUUUUUUCUCUUUACAGGAAGUAUGAUGAAUCUAAGUACAUUUUUAGCGAUUUACUGAAGCACAG